AACGACGAAAGAGAUAGCUCGCCCUCAAACUCUCGUUCCCUCUAGCCUUCCGACAAAAUCGGCAAUGCCCCAGCGCUUGCACCAGAGGACAUAGUAACGAGCAGUCAAACCACAGGAAUUCCUCGAAAAUGGCCGCCGCAGAACAGUACAUCCAGCUGGCCAAGGCGCUGCCCCAGCAGCUCCAGCGUUUCUUCGCCCGUUGGCCACCCGCCUCGAUCCUGCCCGCCGGCGCGACACCCCCGAAGACGGGUUUCCAGGAGAUCACGCCGAAUCCCUUUUCGCGGCAGAAGCACCCUGUAACGGGAAAAUGGCACGACCCCGUUUACUCACUGCGCCGACAGGCAGAGAUUGUCAAGCUCGCGCGUCAACACGGUGUCGAGGAGCUGCUGCCCACGACGGUCAAGGGCACCGAAUACAGAAUCGCGCAUCGCGUCGAGCACGGUCUCCGGGUCAAGGGUACUGGUGUGGGACAGAAGGUCAAGGGAAAGAUCCACGAGAGGAUGGUGCAGCCCAGAAUGGAGAAGAGGAGAGAGGCUAUUCUGGCGAUGCCGAAGUUGAUCAAGGAGUGGAAGAAGGUUGGAAGGCGGAACUGGACAAACUUCCCCAAAUAAACGACCUGUUUGGCCUUCUUUCUAAUUGCGAUGCGUCGACUACCAUAGACGGUGUACAUAUACCAUGUAUUAUCAUGUACAAGAAACGAUUACAAC